CCCAUUUGAUCGUUCAUCAUUGCUUUUCUGUCUUUUUCGCCGUUGGGAAUAAUUUUUGCUUGAAUCCUGCAAGCUGCCCAGAAGUUUUGCUCUUUUGUACUGUUGAUUUGUGCUCCAGUCUCACGUUUGUGUAUAGUUUGAAAGGGAAAAAAAUUGCAUUUGCUGUGAUUAUCAUUUUUAGUUUUAAAAAGUGCAAUUUGAGCUGAGAAGAGGUCGUUUGUGUGCGUGCGCGCUACUGUUAUGAUUUAACGCUCCUUCCCUGCCGGAAAACAUUCGAGGCCGCGAUAUGGACGAUCUGAUGUGCAAAUUUGACGAACUGAUUCUGCAAACGAUUGCGUCUGAAACGAAAUUGGAGGAAGAGUUUCGGAAAUCUACUCAAAAACUGAACGAUCAUGUUCUCCAAUCGAUUACUACCGGAACGCCUGUACAAAGCAAGAAGCGCCCGAAGCGAUUGGACUCAAUUAACGACAAUGAUCAGGAUCAAGAGCACGAGUCUUCGACGACAUCUGGCAGUAGCUCUCUCAUUGGUCGAGCCAGUCACAUGAAAAACAGUGUGCAUGAUCAACAAUUACCGGCUGCGAAUGCCAGUUGUGCUUCAGUGCCACUUCCGGUUGUAGAAAAAACAAAGGAGGCGAAAGAAAAAAGGUCCAGUUCUGCUCGACCUGCACGAUCAGCCCGGACCAAGGCUUGUCAAAAUUUGAAGGAAAAAUCAGUGAAAGGAAAGUUACGACAACCGAGUAUUGUGAUUAAGCAGGAGCGUAUUUCGGAGGCACGAAAAGAAGAGGAUGAACCCAUGGAAAUGGACGUGGAAAAUGAUGCCAAUGCUUUGAAUGGAAUAGAGCCACUGGAAAAACAAAAGAAAGCCGAUAGAAGUAAAUCGAACGAUGAAGGAUUUGGUAGCACAAACGAAAAGGAGAAAGAACCAGUGUAUCCUCCAUCGAGAGAAAUGUCAAUUGUAGUCGUACCACAGCCAAUUCCGAAGGUUGAAGUUCUGUCCGACGAUGAAGAUGCCGGGAAAAUGCCACCUCCCUCUAUGCCUCCACCGUCGGUACCUGCUCCAAAAACAAAAGGACGCCCAAAAAAAACGGAGAAAUCUAAAGCCAAGACUUCGAACGUAAUUUCAAUCAAACGCGAAAAAGAUUUGGACGAAUACUCGAGUUCUGCGGUGUCGUCCGCUGAAUCGACCAUAUCGAACUCAUCUACAAGAAGCUCUAGCCGCAUUCGGAAGGAGUCUAAGGUAGAGGUGGGAAAAAUCCGUGUAAAAACAGAAAAACUAUCGACGGGUGAGAUGGAGAACACAAACAGGUCGAAUGUGGGAGGUAAACCUUCUUCAAGUAGUCCUACUCAGUCUGAAAAAUCAGUUUACGAAGACGCUAUUGAAGGCGACGCAAUCAUGAGGCCGUUAAAUGUAGUGCUUAAUAAAAUACCUGUCGCUCAGGAGAACGAGAGAAACCAAACGUUUGCAAUGGAUAAAAACGGGACUUUCUCCGUCCAGGCAUCAAACGGAACAUUCGUUGUUCCCUCUCCUACUGGUAUGGCAAACGGAACAUUUAGCGUGAAGUCUCCCGAAAAUGGAGCCAACGCUACAUUUGAUGUUCGCCAAUUGCCGGGGGUAGAGAACAAUACAUUUGUAAUGGAAAGCAAGAAAACCGCACAAGACCAGCGUGACCUGAGCAUCAUGACUGAGGAUAAUUCGCACAUUGAGGAGAGCCCUGAGAAGCCACACGUUCCUGCAGCCAAGAAGCCACCGGUGUCUAAGAAACCUUCGGUAGCUACAAAAACAAGCAGCAAGAAAAAAAAUGAGUUGUUUAGUCUACAGAGUCCCAUCAAGACUCGUAUCGAAGCAUUUGAGAAGGCUGCCGUGGGUUCUCCGGCCCAGAUGCGAGGAGGAACAAACAAAAAUACGACCCCAUCGCAGACGGCUCGGUUGCCUCCCAAAACUUCCACCACACCGUUGGCAUCCCAAAGGUUUCCCUCAACAUUCAAGUCAACCGGUCAGAAUACUCCAACCACACAAAGUACGCUUCCCCCAAGCAAGGGCAUAUCAUCUUCGGCCUCCAAGCUAGCCCAUUUGCAGAAGAAACCAGCACUGGCGUCGGCAACGCUAACCAAAUCCCAGAGUUUGUCUCGGGAACCCAGUAUGGAGCGGUUGGGGACACUAUCAGCAGCUUCGUCCAGUUCAUCGCUGGCCAUGGACGAGAAAAAAAAGAAGCGCGAGGAAAAGCAAAGACUGGCCCAACAGCAGCGCGAGCAAAUGGAGAAGGAAAAGCGUGAAAACGCCGAACGACUGCUGCGGGAGAAGGAGGAAAAGCACCGCAAACUGGUACAGGAGAAGGAGGAGAAACUGCGAGCCGAGCAGGUGAAGAAGGCGAAGAAAAUGGAGGAAUUCGAGAAGCGGCGGCAUCUAGAGGAGUUGAAUCAACGAAUGCUGGCCGAACAAAGGGCCGAGCUACUAAAGCUGGAGCAGCAGCAGAGAGCGGAGCGGGAACAAGCCGAACUGAUCAAGAUGAACCAGGCGAAGGAGAGCUACGAGAUCAAACUUCAUAAACAAAUGUAUCAACAGAAGAUGCAAACACAGCAGAAGCUCCAACAUCAAGCCCAGCAACAACAACAGCUUCAGCUUCAACUUCAAAUGAAGAAAAACAAACAGUCAGCUGCGGAAAAAGCCCUAUUCAACUUCGACAUGAUCCAAACGGACGAUUCGACUGACGAUGAAAGCACCAACAAUAAGAACAAUAAGCGCCCUCCACUGCCCUCGUGGUGCUCAAAGGGAGAACGUCUCUCGGCCAUCCGGAUACAGAGCGAAAUCAAACUGAAGGCCAUCGAUCAGUUCUUCUCGGUGUCACCAAUGACACCGGAUCUGCGCGAGAUUUUCCCCGCUAUCGAUUCCCGCAAGCUGAAGCGAAACUCGAGCGCCGUGUGGCGGACUCCGCCACGAUACUCGCAAAUGCCUAAGUACUGAAGCUUUGUCGAUCUACUUUCAACUGCUACUAUCACUACAGGAUCAUUUCCAUAUAAUAAUCGAAGUAUUUGUAAGCAGGUAGGUGUUCCGUUUUGGUCGGGUCACGCCGGUUAGUACACUUAUUUUCUCCUUUGUCGGAGUACUCUAGUAUGAACGUGGUUUGUAUGUAUAUAUUGAUAUGUUUUUCUACCAGUACAACAUUUGGAUAUUGCAAAUAAGAACUGAUUUUAAUCGAGCGCACCGCAGAACAAGCAAACUUUGUUUGGGAAGGAUUGUGGACGUAAAUUUUCCGUUGAAAUAAAAAAAAACAUCGUUAGGCGUCCAAACUGAUAGGGCAGUACAAAACAAUUUUUAAGAAUACUUUACUAGAAAUUUUGUUCGUCAAAGGGCACAUGAAUAACAUCGUUGUUAUAAUAACGCUAACCAAAUUUAAGGUAUCAUUUCUCGGUAGAGUUUCAUUUGAAAUUGAUUUUUUGUUUUUGUUUUAUUGUCUCAUUUUGAAACAAGACUACUUUUGUUUAUAUUUUCCCCGCUUGAAAACGAAAAUGCUAUGGAAGGAACAUAUGAAGUAUUAAUUUUAAUUAUAUUUAAAUAAAUUUCACGCUAUUUAGA